UAACCAGUGCUUUUCUUUUUUUUCCGAAAUCAAUAAUUGAACGAAAAUGUCAUCAAUGGAUGGAAUGGAACAUAAUAUGGAUGAGAAACGUGCAAAACGUGAAAUAGCCAAUAUGAAUGAAAGGCGACGUAUGCAGAAUAUAAAUGCUGGUUUUCAUUCAUUACGAACAUUACUACCUCAAAAACAUGAUGGUGAAAAAUUAAGCAAAGCUGCCAUACUUCAACAUACGGCAACAUAUAUUUAUCAAUUGGAACAAGAGAUUAAUAAAUUGUUAUCACAAAAUUCUGAAUUGAAAACUUUGGCCGGUGUAUCGGCAACUAAUUCAAAUACCAAUAUAAAUUCACCUGAUUGGAUGAAACGAUUACAAUCACAGCCACCGGAUUGUCCAAGCUGUAAACGACGUAAAUAUGAAAAUAAUCAUCGAUUAGAUAUUGAUUCAAGCCCUAUCAAUGGUGAUGGUUCAUCAACCGAAUCUUCAUCGGAACAUGAACUUAAUUCCAAUAAAUUUAAUCGUUCAAAAAGCAAACAAAAUGGCAAUUCACGAUUAUCUACAGAUGCAUCGGCUCUUCGAAAACAGCUUUGUCGUAUUGAAAAAGAGCUAGAAGAUGAACGUCGAUUACGAAUAAUGCUUCAAGAAGAAUUGCAAUAUCAAACAGGAAAAACAUUGAAUGGCAAUCGACAUUACCAUAAUCAUUCAUCCUCUGCAUUGGAACAAAUAACCGAUGAAGUGGAAGUAGCUAGCGAAUCAAUCGAAAUUGAAAUGCAAAGCUGUCCGGCUAGUCCUCCAGACAUGGUAAUUGCUGCAAAUGAACAGGUGAUAACAACAAGCGGUACGACAAUUUUUCCAACCGGCCAUUUUCAAUCACAACAAAUCGAUAUUGGUCAACAACAGCAACGUGUUCAGAAACAAAAUGCCAUUGCUUUGCCAAUCGAUGUUCCUUUUGUUGCUCCACAUGAAGUUGACAGUCCGACUGAAUCGAAUAACAUUAAAAACACUUCGAAUGGAUCGGUCGUUGUUUUGGUCGAUUCGAAUGUUAUGCUUGUCGAAUCGAAUCGAAAUAUGCAGGCCGCCAAUACUAAUUCGGCUUCCAAUUCAUCAACAAAUGCUGGUCAAAAAACACGAAUUUUACAAUUAGUCCCAAAUAAUUCGAGCUCUAAACAUGGUGGUCCAACAAUAUUGACGGCCAAACAUUCAAAUUUAACUAUGGGCAACGAUUGUAAAUUGAUUACAAUCAAAAAAGAAUCUUUGAAUGAACAGGCCAAUACUUCUCGUCAAAAUUUGAAUACCAUUGUCGAAGCCAUUCGACAUGUAGAAGGUGGUUAUUUCAAUGAAUCCGCAGACAAUAAUAGUAAAACGGUUAAUAAAAAUGAAACACAAGAUGAUUCAGAUCAAGCUAAUAAAAAAAUAAUGCUCAAGACCGAAAAUGAAAAUGAUAAUUCGGAAUCGGCCAAACGAAAUGCUUCCGAUUCAUUACCGAAAUCCAAAGCAAACGUUAUAUUGAAUAAUAUAUCAUCAAAUGCCAAGAUUGUAACUGUAUCUGGUGUUUCGAAUACGGCAGCAUCACGUAUCUAUCAUACAAUAUCAACAGCCAAUUCAUCAUCACCUUCAUCGACCACAACAAGACCUCAAAUUAUUCAAAUUCAGCGACCAAAUGUUAUUGUGGCAAAUUCAGUUGAAAAUUAAAAAAUUCUAGCAUUUUGUGUCUGUUUACAAUUAAAUCAACCAGAUUUUUUUUCAACUCUAUAAGAAUGGCCAUUUCAUAUUCAUCAAACUUUUCGAGAAAAAAACAAACAACCGAUUCGCCUUUUGUUUUUUAUAAUAAUGAUAUAAAUUCGUUUAUAUUGCUUGGUAUUCAUUCAUAGAUGGAAUACCUUGAAUUAUUGAACUGGUAUUUUGAUUUUUAGCUUAUUUCAAGCAAGCAGUGAAAAAAAACAACAACAUUCAUAGUCUUUUUUUUUGGUUCUGUGUUUCAUCCAACAAAUAACAUUCAUACACACGUCUACCGGGAGGAUGGAUAAAUUAGAAUUCUGAUGAUCAAUUUGAUUGAAAACAAAAUGUUGACAAAAACAACAACAACAACUGCAACAAAAUAUGUAUGGUUCAUUUCUAUUGUCAUUGUCAUUGUUGUUGCUGAUGCUAUUAUCGCCUCUUCUUUCUAUAUAUAUUUUUAAGUACAUCCUUUAAUCUGAGAUUGAUAUUAUCACUCUCAAUGACUCUCGAUUAGCGAGAGUUUUUCAACGUUAUUUUUUAUCUUCUAUCCAAAUAUUUCUUCGGUUUCACUUAUUUAAAAGAAACUAAAAAAAAAAAAAAUCAAACACUCAUUUCACAUAUA